AUGGGUGAUAUCACAUUAGCCGCCCUACUGUUUCCAUUCAUCUUUUGCAUGUACCUAUCGCCUACUAUGACUUCUGAGCGUGAGAACAAGACUUUCCUCGCCCGGCUCUGCGAGCAGGCUGAGCGUUACGAUGAGAUGGUCACGUACAUGAAGGAAGUCGCCAACAUCGGAGGCGAGCUUUCUGUCGAUGAACGUAACCUUCUCUCCGUUGCCUACAAGAACGUGGUCGGCACUCGCCGUGCCUCUUGGCGUAUCAUCUCCUCCAUUGAGCAGAAGGAGGAAUCCAAGGGCUCCGAGCAGCACGUUUCCAUCAUCCGUGACUACCGCCAGAAGAUCGAGACCGAACUCGAGAAGGUCUGCCAGGAUGUCCUCGAUGUUCUGGACGAGUCCCUCAUCCCCAAGGCCGAGACCGGCGAGUCCAAGGUCUUCUACUACAAGAUGAAGGGUGACUACCACCGCUACCUCGCUGAGUUCGCCUCUGGCAACAAGCGCAAGGUCGCCGCUACCGCCGCCCACGAGGCCUACAAGAACGCUACCGAUGUCGCCCAGACUGAUCUUACCCCCACCCACCCCAUCCGUCUUGGACUUGCUCUCAACUUCUCGGUGUUUUACUACGAGAUCCUGAACUCCCCCGACCGUGCCUGCCACCUUGCCAAGCAGGCUUUCGAUGAUGCCAUUGCUGAGCUUGACUCGCUUUCGGAGGAGAGCUACCGUGACAGCACCUUGAUCAUGCAGCUCCUGCGUGACAACCUUACUCUGUGGACCUCUUCCGAUGGUAACGACGCCGAAGGCGCCGCUGCCUCCAAGGAAGAUAAGCCCGAGGAGGAGUCCGCUGCCGCCCCCGAGGACAAGGGUGAGGAGACCAAGGCCGCCGCCCCUGAGUCCUAG